UUACCCAGAAAAGUGACUCCUUUUCGAGGGAUAAAGGAACUUCGAUCUUCUCGCUGCCUUCUUUCUGCGUUUGACAGCCUCCUCCUACUCCUUUCCCCGACCCCGCCUCCUCGUGCAGGUUCCUCCCGGUCACCUUUCUCCACCCCCCUCCCCCGCACCUAGCCAGCCGCCCACAAACUUCCACCUGACUGUGCGGGGCGCUCGGGACCUGCGAGCACUUAGGACCUGUAACACCGGCCCGGGCCGCAGGGAGUGGGCGAGGGCCACAGCGAAGGCAGCGGCUGCAGCCCCCACCGGCCGUGGAGCCCAGGUGCUUGGCGUCGCAAAGGGCCACAGCGACAAUGACAGCUGACAAGGAGAAGAAAAGGAGUAGCUCGGAGAGGAGGAAGGAGAAGUCCCGAGAUGCUGCAAGGUGCCGGCGCAGCAAGGAGACGGAGGUCUUCUAUGAGCUGGCCCACGAGCUGCCCCUGCCUCACAGCGUGAGCUCCCACCUGGACAAGGCCUCUAUCAUGCGGCUGGCUAUCAGCUUCCUGCGAACACAAAAACUCCUGUCCUCAGUUUGCUCUGAAAAUGAGUCUGAAGCUGAGGCUGACCAGCAGAUGGACAACUUGUACCUGAAAGCCUUGGAGGGUUUCAUUGCCGUGGUGACCCAAGAUGGCGACAUGAUCUUUCUGUCAGAAAACAUCAGCAAGUUCAUGGGACUCACACAGGUGGAGCUAACAGGACACAGUAUCUUUGACUUCACUCAUCCCUGUGACCAUGAGGAGAUCCGCGAGAACCUGAGUCUCAAAAAUGGCUCCGGUUUUGGGAAGAAAAGCAAAGACAUGUCCACAGAGCGGGACUUCUUCAUGAGGAUGAAGUGCACGGUCACCAACAGAGGCCGAACCGUCAACCUCAAAUCAGCUACCUGGAAGGUCUUACACUGCACUGGCCAGGUGAAGGUCUACAACAACUGCCCCCCUCAUAAUAGUCUCUGCGGCUACAAGGAGCCCCUGCUCUCCUGCCUCAUCAUCAUGUGUGAGCCCAUCCAGCACCCGUCCCACAUGGACAUCCCGCUGGACAGCAAGACCUUCCUGAGCCGCCACAGCAUGGACAUGAAGUUCACCUACUGCGACGACAGAAUCACAGAACUGGUUGGUUACCACCCUGAAGAGCUGCUUGGCCGCUCAGCCUAUGAGUUCUACCAUGCACUGGACUCAGAGAGCAUGACCAAAAGUCACCAGAACCUGUGCACCAAGGGUCAGGUGGUGAGCGGCCAGUACCGGAUGCUUGCGAAGCAUGGGGGCUAUGUGUGGCUGGAGACCCAGGGGACGGUCAUCUACAACCCUCGCAACCUGCAGCCUCAGUGCAUUAUGUGUGUGAACUACGUCUUGAGUGAGAUUGAGAAGAACGACGUGGUGUUCUCCAUGGACCAGACGGAAUCCCUCUUCAAGCCCCACCUGAUGGCCAUGAACAGCGUCUUUGACAACAGUGGCGACGUGGCUGCGUCUGAGAAGAGUAACUUCCUGUUCGCCAAGCUGAAGGAGGAGCCCGAGGAGCUGGCCCAGCUGGCCCCCACUGCGGGAGAUGCCAUCAUUUCUCUGGAUUUCGGGAGCCAGAACUUCGAGGAGUCCUCAGCCUACGGCAAGGCCAUCCUGCCCCCAAGCCAGCCGUGGGCCGAAGAGUUGAGGAACCACAGUGGCCAGAGCGAGGCCAGGAGCCUGCCUGCUUUCACCGUGCCCCAGGUGGCUGCCACAGGGAGCACCACUCCCAGUGCCACCAGCAGCAGCAGCUGCUCCACGCCCAGCAGCCCUGGAGACUAUUACACGUCUCUGAAUGAUGAUCUGAAGAUUGAAGCAAUUGAGAAGCUCUUUGCCAUGGAUACAGAGGCAAAGGACCAGUGCAGCACCCAGACGGAUUUCAAUGAGCUGGACUUGGAGACACUGGCACCCUACAUCCCCAUGGACGGUGAAGACUUCCAGCUCAGUCCCAUCUGCCCGGAGGAGAGGCUCUUACCGGAGAACCCCCAGUCCAUCCCCCAGCACUGCUUCAGUACCAUGACGAACAUCUUCCAGCCACUGGCCCCUAUGGCCCCUCCCAGACCCUUUCUCCUGGACAAGUAUCAGCAGCAGCUGGAAGGCAAGAAGAUAGAGCCCGAGCACCGGCCCAUGUCCUCCAUCUUCUUUGAUGGUGGGAGCAAGGCGUCCCUGCCACUAUGUUGUGGCCAGGCCAGCACCCCUCUCUCCUCUAUGGGAGGCAGAUCUAACACACAGUGGCCCCCUGAUCCGCCAUUACAUUUUGGGCCCACGAAGUGGCCUGUUGGGGAUCAGCACACUGAAUCCUUGGGGGCAUCACCAUUGGGGCCCCCCGUCACCUCGCCCCAUCUCUCCAUGUUCAAGAAAAGGUCUGUAAAGGGCUUUGGGCCUCGGGGCCCAGAUGUCAUGAGCCCAGCCAUGGUAGCCCUCUCCAACAAGCUGAAGCUAAAGCGACAGCUGGAGUACGAGGAGCAAGCCUUCCAGGACAUGAGUGGGGCGGAUCCACCAGGCAGCAGCGCCUCACAUUUGAUGUGGAAAAGGAUGAAGAGCCUUAGGGGCAGCGGGGACUGUCCUUUGAUGCCUGACAAGCCACUGAGUGCAAACGUCCCCAAUGACGAGUUCACUCAAAAUCCGUUGAGGGGACUGGGCCAGCCCUUGAGACACCUGCCCCCACCACAGCCGCCAUCUGCCGUGAGCCCCAGGGAGAACACCAAAAGUGGGUUCCCCACGCAGUGUUAUGCCCCCCAGUACCGGGACUACAGCCUGCCCUCGGCUCACAAGUUGUCAGGUAUGGCAAGCCGGCUGCUUGGGCCCUCGUUUGAGCCUUACCUGCUGCCCGAAUUGACCAGAUAUGACUGUGAGGUGAACGUUCCUGUGCCAGGAAGCUCUACGCUCCUGCAAGGAGGGGACCUCCUCAGAGCCCUGGACCAGGCCACCUGAGCCAGGACCUUCCACCUGGGCAGGCACCCCUGCCACCACCGUCCCUCCAGCUCCACUCCCUACGUCUGUUUUUACAACUAGGUAUUUCUAACACCAACACAAUUUUUACAGGAUGUACUUACCUGGCAGACUUGUCCAGGUCACCAAGUAGUGGCCUUUUUCUGAAGAUGCUCACUUUAUCAUCUAUAUUUUAAAAAUACGACAGUUGUUUUACCUGCUACAUUUUGCUCUG